UAAAUCCAUCAUAGUCUUAAACAAGAAACAUUAAGCGUUUACAUUUGUAUCCAAAAAUAAUUGAAGAAAAAUGUUUAAAUUUAAUAAACUUUUUGUGUUAACUUUAAUUGCAUUGAUUGCCAUUGUGGCCUCUAAAAAUGAUGCUCUCGAGAUAACCGAUGUUGAAAAGGAUGUUCAAGAGACAAGAUCUGCAGAGGCUGCUGUCUUAAAACAAUUGAAAGUAAUACAAUCUAAAUCCGAUGAAUCUAUUUAUACGUACAAAUGCACCGUUGGUACUAACAAAUCAAAUCGAUUGAUUUGUACCGCUCAUGAUAACUAUUCUUGGAACUCUACACAAAAUGUUGAAUUAAAAUUACGUUGUCCCAAAAGUGGAAGUGGCCCAACGGUGUCCUAUGUUGAAAUCGAUUUUGCAGUAUCAUCGCCAAGUGUAAAUUGUCAUGUACAUGAGGGAUCUAUUGGUUCGGGUUACAUUGGUGUAACCGUUAAUGCUUGGAGUACUUUGAUAUUUAAUUAUUUGGCAAAUUUCUAUACCAACCAAUAGGUAUAGAAUUUUAAUAUGGAAAAAAGGGUGUGAUAACGAUUUGCAGAUAAAAUAAUUAGAUUUUUUUAACAUCGUUUUUAAUUUGUUAAUAUUGUGAACUGUUUGUGAUCGCUCAUAUUUCCCGGAAUUACAAAAUAUUUUUAAAAAUGUUUAAUAUAUUUCAAAAUUAAUUACGCUGCGAUCUUCAUGUCCUAAUUGAAAGUCUUAAAAAUAAAAAAUAAUUUUUUAAAAAUUGCAA